CCGACGAAUAUAUUAAUAUAGACUCUACAUUGCAGAUUGAGGAUAGAUUGAGUGAUGACGACAUAAUUGCUUUGGUAAAUGGUGAACAAGUUGAGGAGGAAUGCAGCAAUUCACAAGUCGAACAGAAAAUAGUGGCUGCAGACGCUGUGAAAUCAAUUGAUAUAUUAACAGCAUUCCUCAAACAAAGAGAGAUGGACAUUGGCCUUAGCGAAAAUUUUAUAUACGAGUUAAAUCAAUGUACUGAAGUCGUUGGUUAA